UGUUUCUAUUCGUCCUUAUUAUGGAGAGACUGCUACUAUCAUAAAAGAAAAUACUGCUUUACUCCAAGAUAUUCCUAUUACAUCGCGUCUUGGUUUUGCUGACGUCGUGUUUCCUGGUGAUACACGAAAUGAAAUUUACCUUAGGUUUUUGUCAGGUGAUUUCACCCAAGGCCGAGCUGCUACUUCAAGAAAUAUACAAAUUACUGUAGAAGUCAAAUUAGACACAGGUGAAACGUUAGAAAAUGCAAUUUCUCAGGGUUCUGGUGAACCUAGAGUAACGCAUUUCGACUCUCUUGUUUUCUAUCAUUCUAAUAAUCCUACAUGGGGUGAAUUAAUUAAACUGAAUAUUCCCAUAGAAUUAUUUGAACAUGCACAUAUAUUUAUGACUUUUCGUCAUCGUUCGACGAAAGAUAAGAAAGAGGAUAAAAUUUUUGCUUUUGCUUAUAUGCCUUUGUUUCAAGAAAAUCAAGCGUUCAUAAGCGAUGGAAAACAUACUGUUAUUUUAUAUAAAUAUGAUAAGCAAACAUAUACACAAAAUGAAGUCCUUCUUAAAUUACUGAAUUGGGAAAAGCAAUUAAUGUCAGAUAUGAGUGAAAUGAUAUCUGUCUUGAAAAAAUUCACUUUUGUUGGAGAGGUUGAAAUAGUAAAGUUUCUUCAGGAUAUUUUCGAUGCACUAUUUGGAAUUUUAGUUUCAUCAAUAAAUCAGCAAGGUGAUCUUGAUGACUUGAUAUUUAAUGCUUUAGUAACCAUUCUUGGAAUUGUUUCUGAUCGAAGAUUUAUGAACUUCAGACCUGUGCUUGAUGUAUAUAUUGAGAAACAUUUUUCUUGUGCAGCUGCUUCGUCAAGUCUAAUUCGAUCAAUGAAUCGUCUCAUUUCUGAACCUGCGACUCCAGAGAAUGCUCAAGAUUUACGAUCUGCUAUAAAAGUCUGGCAAUAUAUUUUUAAAAUAAUAUUACGGUCUAGAGAAUUGCAACGGACAAAGGAAACAAAUAUGGGAUUAUCAGGUGACUAUGUUGAAGAACAGUUCAAAAAAGGUUUAUAUGACCUUUUCAAGAGCAUAGAUAGACUUAUGUCCAUCACAACUCCACAGUCAAUAAUUGGUACACAAACAUUAGCUCUGCAACAUUUUGCUUCUAUAUUCGCGGAUCUUGGAAAAUGUUUCGAACCCGGAGAUCUCGCACAAAUAGCUAUCCGUUUCACUGAAUCUGUGAGAUUGCCGAAAGGAAAACUCUUGGCAUAUAAAUUAUUGGUUAUUCUUCAAUUUUGUCGUGGUCCUUUGUUCGAAAAUGCAGAAUCUCGUGCGACACUUUUGCGUAGAGUCGUAGAAUGGGUUACGGAUCACAUGGGAAAAUGGGAAAAAACGGGAAAAAUAAAUGAAGAUAGUGAAGCUGCACGAAUGCAAUGGCAAGAUGGAAUUCGAUUGUGUGUAGCCAUUGUUGCGGUUAUGCUCGAAAGUCUACAAUGCUCUAUUGAAAAAGCUAAGGAAAACGAAAACAUACAGAAAGAAAUUGAAAAUGUACGUGUGAUCCUCCCUCUAAUGAUGAAACUUUGUGAAUCUUAUAGAGAAUUGUAUUAUACCAGUAAUGAGGUUCAUCGGCCAAGAGAGAGAAGUGGAAGUGGAAUAGUAGUCUCACCAGCCAUAUUUAACUUAGCAUAUCCAUUUUCUAGUGUAAAUCCGACUCCUGCAACUAGUUCAAACAAAUUUUCAAAAGAUUUUCAAUUUAGUCCACAACAUAAUCUACAAAGCUCAAUUUAUACCGGAUUGGGAGAAAUAGCUGCGGUAAUACUGCAGAUUAUGUAUCUAUUAUCGCAAGAUCAUUUGAAAGAACACCUGCUCUCAACGUAUUACAGAGAGGGUCAUGAUGCCACUGCAGAAUUUUUAAUCUUAUUAUUCCAAGUUUGUAGAUCCGUUUUAAUAAAUGAAGCUUUCCCAGAAUCUUGGUUGAACAUGAAUAUUAUGGCCCUUAAAGUGUUUUUAAAAUUUCUCGAACCAAUAUCUUCUUUGUUGGAGAAAAAUUAUAUUCCCGACAAAGAAGCACCAGAUACAUUUAAUGAACAAUUGUGGCGAGAAUAUUUCAAUUGCUUAUUAAGUUUGCUUACCAGUAAACACUUAGUAAUUGAAAAUUUUACCCCACAGAAACGUCGUGCAGUAUGGAGACUUGCUAGAGAUCUUCGUGGACAAGGCGCCAAAUUAUUAUCAACUUUGUGGGAUGCCAUAGGAUGGGAACAUGGAAAAGAGGGUAAAAUGGGUGGUUAUCAAA